AUCCUAAUAUAGCGGUCUAAAACCUUUUCCCUCUUAAUAUUGUCACAAAUUUAUACAUUUAUGUGUCCAACAUAAUUUGCGGGAAAUACAAAAAAUGACAACAGAAGAAAAUUUUGAGCAAUUAUCCCAUUGCCAGAGACUGAAGGCAGCAGUACACCAUACUACAUUAAGAGUAUGUAAAGAAAGUGUAGAGGAUAAACAAAUUGACAUCAAUAGAAUUGUUGUUGCUGCCAUCUCUGAAACAGCAUGGAAACGAUUUGAAACAUGGGCCGUCGAUUUAGAGAUGUUCGCAAAGCAUGGUAAAAGAUCUACAAUAAAUGCAGAUGAUGUGAAGAUGUUGAUUCGCAAAAGCCCAAAAUUGUUGGAGCAUAUAAACAUGCUACAAGAUCAGAUGAAUGCAUCAAAAGUAGAAACAAAGAAGAAAACAAAAGAAAACAAAAUCCCAAAAGAUACUUUAUCAUAUCAAAAAUGUAUGACAAAAAAUUUGUGUGUAUUACUGUAA